GAUAUCUUACUAAAGAAAAUGUUUUUUGGGCUGUUUCAGUUGAUAUAUAGAAAUAGAAAUGGGGAAAACAAAGUAAUAAUAUAUGAAGUUUAGAUUAAAAUAACACAGGGAAACGGUGGAAAACCACAGGGUCAUAUAGUAGACUGUUGUAAACAAUUGGCGGGCGGGGAUGAUGGCAUUUAGUCUGAACGCUAGCCAGCAAGCUAAUAUGAGCUAAUAUGAGACCAUUGCUUUGAAUUUGUUGAAACAUAGAAUCUGAACAACCAGGAUGUAAAGUCAGGCUAGUAUAUUUAUACUGUAUCUAUCAAAGUACAGUUAGCCAGAAGAUAUCCACACAAAAACAACACGGAAUUAAUCACAAAUACCAUAAAACUUAUUUCAAUAGGGCAACGAAACUCAGUUCAGUGCUUACCAGUUCGGUGCUAACCAGGUCAGUGCUAACCAGUUCAGUGCUAACCAGUGACCACAGGUUUUUGAGUUUUGACAGAUGUUUCAGAGAAGUAAUGUAAAGUCUGUCAAGAAUGAACAGAGGUGGGAAAGUCUCCAGUACAAAAAUAACAGUGACAAUGCUCUUUUAGUUCUCUUCUCUCAGAACAUACAACACCAGUACACUGACUAAUAGGUGUGACCCUUCAGGUGCUCACAGUUAGACGUGCCUCCAGGGAAUGUAACUCUGAUUCACACCUGCUCUCUAGUGAAACUGGAGGUCUCCAGGAAAGUGCUAAUCACAGAAGCUGUUAAAAUAUCUAUGAAAUCUACUACAGGUGGUCCUCAGUUUACAAUGUCUUUGAUGUACAGCGUUUCAUAGUUACAUUGUACACCACAAAGUGUGGCAUAAUUGUGUGAUAGCAGAAACAUGGUCUAAAAUUUAACAAAAUAUUAAUUUAAAAAACACUCCUACAAUUAUAGAAAAAAAACUCCCAUAAACUCAAGAGACAACAUGAUGACACAGAUAAAGAGGUUUUUAGGAAAAUGCUGCUCUGUAGUAGUGGUAGGAUUUUUGAGCUACAUUAACUCUUCUGUAUUGUGUUUGUUCAGCUUCAUUCUUGACCGCAAAUAUUACAAGCUCAUCAUCCAAUGGCACUUCAACAGCCCUUGAGUGAUUGGCACAGUGGUCUCUUUGACUGCUUUGAGUCAUCAAGCACAUGUUGCUAUGGUUUCUGGUGCUGCCCAUGUCUUGCCUGCACUGUUGCUGGAAAGUUUGGACAGAAUCGUUGCCUCCCACUGUGCGACCUGUGUGGCCCUGCUGCACUGACAGCAUGUGGGAUACCUCUGUUUGCUCCUCCAGCUGUCAUCUCCCUGCGGGCGGGCAUCCGCUACAAAUACAACAUCAAGGGCACACUAUGCAAGGACAUCUGCUCUUCCUGUUUCUGUGUGUGGUGCACUUGGUGUCAGCUGCACCGGGAGUUAAAGAAGCGGGACAAAAACCCUACUGUGGUGGUCAAUGUUCAGCCAAGACACGCCCAGUGAGCGUGAAGGGUUUGUAGCAUGAGAUUAUGUAUUCCACUAGU